CUUACCUACCCCAUUGGUAGUCCAUACAGAGAGAGAGAGAGAGAGUCCUAGACUUAGAGAUGGUAAUCACACAUCACACCACAGAAACCUCCCCCUCUAUCUAUUCUGUAUAUCCAACCAAUACCCACUACCCACCCCCAUCACGACGCACACUCAUCACAUCACACCGUCACUGGCUAAAUAGCGCGGGCGGGUGGUCAUUGGGUGCGGGGAUGUCACUGGGGCGGGCGCUUAAAAUGAAGUCGGCGGUUGGAAUCCUUCACCUUCAUCGGCAUGCGGGCGGGUGGGCCAGGUGAUGUGAUAUGUCAUAUGUGUGAUGGGAUGGGAUGGGAUGGGA